AUGCACGACUUGCUAAGAGAUUCACCGCGUGAUAGUCCUAGCCAAUUCCUUGUGAAUCUCGGUCCCACGGACCAGGUGGAUGUGGACGAGGCUGCUCGGCAGGGGCAGUUUAACCUCCUCCGAUCCAUGGCACAUAACAAGAGAUGGUUUAUUAGUCACAGCUAUUGCCGGAGUGGUGAUUCCCUAGAUUCCUCCCAGCCAAUUCUUCAUUCUCUCUGGUACAUCUAUUACCAGUGCAGCAAAUAUAUCUCCUAUGAAAGCACUGAACAAGAUCGGUUGGUCCUUGACAUCCUCCGUACUCGAGGACAAGGGCCUUUAAUGAGGCCAGCGCCGAGUUGUGGCAUUGAUAUUGCUAGAACCCCCGACGGUGCUGUCUGGAACGACCUACCCUUUCUUGCUACGGACAUGACAAAUUUCUGGGUCAACAACUGCGCGGCAAUGAGCGCGAACCAGCGCCUUAAUGUUGCGUCCUUUCUUGCUAAACUUGCAUCCACUCGUGUGGUGAAAGAUAAGCUUUGCCAGAUUGCUCUAAUACUUUUCUCUGAAACAUUUGAGUCCUUGCGGCGGCUUGGCAGCUCUAAUGAGCCUAGUGAAGAAGAACCUCGACGAACAAUGAAUACACUUACUAUUGCCGCGUUACUCCCGUCCGCAUGUGCCUGGAUCAAGAGGCCGGCAUAA